ACUUCCGCUUUCUUCUUCUUCUACGGACACAAAUGAGCGAGGCUGUCACAUUCCAGAGACUUCUGAAAUCCUCCUGAAAACAGCCGAUAUCUUCUCUGACGUUUCAGGCUAAGCGCUUCGGCGGGGAUCAUUGUACGCAGGUUUUCCCUAUUGCACUGCCUGCCUCAGCCACAACCAUGGUGUGCAUUCCCUGCAUUGUGAUUCCUGUCCUUUUGUGGGUCUACAAGAGGUUCCUGGAGCCUUUCAUCUAUCCCCUCAUUUCACCCAUUAUUAAUACAUUCUGGACCAAGAAGGCAGUCCAGGAAACUGGCACAGUGGAUCAAAAUGUUAGUGAAAAGAGUAAUGGGAUUCAUAAGCCUGGAAGCAACGGCGAGGUCAUUGCCAAUGGGUCGACUAUAGCAGGGGAUAAGAAGACCGACUGAUAGCUCAGAAUGUUAAUCAUGCAACAAUGUAAAUAUUCUAUUAAUAUAAAACAGAGAAAGUAUAAAUUAAUUUAUCAGUUUUAUUCAAAUUAAAUUAAUUUUGCAGCUGUUUAAUUCAUUGGAUGAUGUUUUUUAAAAAAAUUUUCUUCUAUAUGUGUAUUGAUUUCUUCAUUAGUCAUACACAGAUGUAUUUACCUCCUGUAUUAAAUACACUGUCCCAAUGAAAUAGGUUUUGUACGUAAAACUAAAAUUUAAUGAGUGGAUGAGGGAAUAAAACAAUGUUCAGUAA